UGUGUACGGAGUUGCUGGGUUUUAGUCUGCCGAAUGACAAUAAAACUUUGGUGGGGCAAAGAAUUCUCAUCAGCCGACUUGUUGAGGCCGUUGCAGCGCCAUUGCCUCAUGACGCAACAGAGAUGCAGAUACACCGGUAUGCCCGGUGCUAUAUUUUAGCGCUAAUAGGGGACAAACUUUUCAUGGAAAAGUCAGGAGAUAGGGUGCAUUUGAUGUUCCUGGACUUCAUGCGUAACCUUCGUGAUCCGCCACAGUAUAGUUGGGGUAGUGGUUGCCUGGCCUGGUUAUACAGGGAGUUGUGUCGGGCAAGCGAGAAAGGGGCAUCGCAGAUUGGUGGGGCGUGCACCUUGGUCCAGUAUUGGGCAUGGGCAAGGUUGCCAUUCUUGUGCCCGAGGAUAGAGCCCCCACCUGGAUGUGAUUAUGGCCCAUGGCCAUAUGCUCCACUUGCAUUUAAGUGGGUGCGGGUGCCAAGCCCGAAGAGUAGGCCAUCCGACAUGGCCUUGGUCCACUAUCGCGAGCUAUUAGUUACAAUGCAACCAGAGCAGAUUGUGUGGCAGCCAUACGAGGCACACUUCGGCCACCUUCCUGAGUUCUGCGUUGCAAGGAGGGAUACGUGGACAGCAAGGGUGCCGCUUGUGUGUUUUUGCAUAGUAGAGAGACACCACCCAGACCGUGUCCUUCGACAGUUUGGCUUGGCACAAGAGCAGCCUGACGAUGUUGUCUACGAUGAUAAGCUGCAUAAAAUCGACUUACGUGGGAAGGUGGAAAAGAAUUGGAGGGAGGAGCAUGGACCGUAUAUCAUUUCAUGGGAAAUGAGACGACAACAACUUUGUCAUGCACCUCCUCAGAUUGGUGAGAUGCCCCGCAAUCAUGCCUAUUACGUCUGGUACCGUCCGGUCACUCGAAAGUAUGUCGACCGCAACAGCGCUAAAUUAGAUAUAAUGAUUCAAAGCCAUUUAGCGCUGUUGGCGAUGCUUCCUGAAGGCAGCCAAGCUCACAACCAUGUCCGGCGUGUCCUAAAUAAUGUGGCUGGCCUUGGUGGUGGUCCUGCAGUAAAUGAGCAUGCAAACAAUGGGGAUGAGACUGAACUAGCAGCUACUGCAACCCCAAGCACAAGUGCAGCACCCGUAAGUACACCGACUCGUGGUCAUCGUGCUACUACAAGCCCAAGCACAAGCGCAGCUAGGGGUCGUCUUCGGCCUGCUACAGCAACCCAAGCACAAGUGCAGUCAGGGGCUGUGGUCGGCGUGCAAUAA